CUAGCAGUAACAAUGGAAAAAACGUAUGAGAAAAAUCUUCCUGUGAGCUCCUUAACUAUAUCAAAGUUUGUAGACAACAUUUCUUCAAGAGAAGAAGUAGAUCAAGCAGAAUAUUAUCUGUAUAAAUUUCGUCACAGCCCAAACUGUUGGUAUCUGCGAGACUGGACUGUUCAUAGCUGGAUACGACAGUGCCUUAAAUAUGGUGCCCGGGAUAAAGCUUUGUAUACACUAGUAAACAAGGUGCAGUAUGGUAUAUUUCCAGACAACUUUACUUUUAAUUUGCUGAUAGAUUCUUGCAUAAAAAGUGAGGAUUAUAAAGGUGCUGUCUCAGUAGUAACUGAGAUAAUGCUGCAAGAAGCAUUUGAUGAACUUUCAACCCAGCUUAUCUCACUUUAUGUAUUGCAUAAGUACUUGGCAUCAACACCAGAGCUCAGUUGGGCAGAUGAGAAGAAUAUUGGAGCAUCUCUUGUGCUUGUUGGCUUGAAACAGGAAAACUCAGUUGGUCUCAGUUCCCAGCUCCUUGGCUAUUCACUUCUUGGCAAAACUGAGCUUUCCAAAGGAUUACGUGCUGUCUACCAUCAGAUGCCACUAAUGUGGACACCAGGAUAUUUCAACCGAGCUUUGCAUGUAUUGGAGAAAGCUGUUUCAGUUUCUAAUGACAUAAAACUUAACAAAGAAGCUAUUGAUACCUUCCUGAAUUUGUUGCAGUGUGGCACCUCCCCAGACUCCAACAGCAGUAAGUCAGAAUCAACUGAGGACACUCAGGAAGGCAAACCUGAGGAAGAUGAGAAUGAAGAAAAUGAGCACUCAAAACUGCCUCACUAUUUACAGAAAUUUCAGGAGGUCCAUGCCCAGCUGCAGUCACUUGGUAAAAUUGAAUCUGACAGCCUGUUGACACUGACCACUCGCCUUCUUAAGGAGAAGCUGCCGGCAUGUGAGGAGCAUGACAUUGCACAAUUUGAGACAAAGCUAAAACAGUGGGAAGAAGAAAGAGCCGUGCUUAUCCAAAGGGAAAAAGAACAGAGAGAACAAGCGAGACUAGAACGCGAAGCUAAGCUGGCAGCAAAGCUUCCGCUUAAUCGCACUGCUGUAGUCAUAAUCAGGUGUUGGUUUGCAAUAGGUUAUGCACUUACUGUAUAUUGUCUAUUGCUUAAAUAAAAGUCAUUUUUUAAAUAAGAA